AAGUAGGUAUUCCUGUUGAUAAAAAGUGGGUUAAAUGUCGGAAUGUUUGUGCAGAGUCACGCUGCUGGCAGACUCUGAAGGAUUAUAAAACUCAGAGUGACCUUUAAACUGCUUUCAGUGGAUCCUCUUCAGCCAAACGGUCCGACUGUGCAGGGACAGAAAUGGAGGAAAAGGAGGAAAAGAGUGUGAAAUACUUCAGACUGUCAGAGAUAGAGGAGCAGAACUCCUUCAAAUCCACCUGGAUCAUCAUCAACAACAACGUGUACGAUGUCACCAAGUUCCUGGAGGAGCACCCCGGAGGAGAGGAGGUCUUGAGGGAGCAGGCGGGAGGGAAUGCCACGGAGAGCUUCGAGGACGUCGGACACUCGAGCGACGCCAGAGAGAUGGCGCACGACAUGAUGAUCGGAGAGCUGCACCCGGACGACAGACACAAGAUCGCAGUGAAAGAGGAAUCGUAUGUGACUACUUUGAAUGACGAGCCCAGCUGGUACAGCAACCUGCUGGUUCCCGCUCUGGUGGCGGCCGUCGUCACGGUGCUCUACCGCAUAGUCACCGGAGACAGUGAGUGACAUCAUCCACAGACAGCCAAUGGCAGCGCAGGAAAACAACACCUGGUGUCCUCCCCGCCCCAUAGCAUUACAAUACCCGACCAAUCACAUGGCCUUCUGCUGAUGAAGUUAUUUACCUUGUUGCCAUAUUUUGAAUGUGUUGUGAAAUCGUUGAAAUCUUCAGGAUGUAUAAUUUUUACCUUUUUAUAUAUUUGUAUUAAUAUGCAAUCAGUGCUUUAUAAAGGAUAUGAUGACAGGAGAAAUGAAGAACAUGUUUUUAACUUUUAAAGAUUAAAAACGUCUGUUUCCAAAAUAAAGCUUUACAGAAUUUUA